AUGCCUGGAGGUGUACGUACACGAGGUGGUAGAGUAGGACGCAGAGGGAGAGGAGUUCGCACCCGUGGUGGCACGCAGCAACGGCCGAAUGUCUCAGACGACGUUAAUAUUGGCGUGGUUGAAGAACUGCCAACCGGCAGCCCCCUCGUGGUGUCAAGUAGCAAAACACACAGUAUAUGGCAACCAACUGCUUCAGACAUAGGAGGCUACGACGCGAGAGGUGACGUCGCGGGAGGCAAUGACACGGGAGGCGAUGACGCUGAUAUUCAGGGGGAAUUUCAGUAA